UGUUCACUGAAAUCACGAAAAUGCCACCCACUUCCUCCACCUUCCUCCCUUACUCCAAAGACGACAAGGCCAAGAGGCACAAGCCCUUCGCCGCCGUGCCGCCGCCACCGCGCAUCUCCCUCUCCUUCCUUAUCUCCGGCGUGUUCUUCUUUGUCGGUGCCGUCGGGAUCGUCUUCGCCAUUGUCGUGCUUCUUCGCCCCCCGCGGACUGUGCAGGUUUCGGUGUUCCGGUGUGGGAGAGCUGAGGACACGCUUAGGAACUUCCGGUCGAAAUCUAGCGUUGGUGGCGGUGCUGGGUUGGAGGAUCGGCCGAAGCUGCUGGGCUUCGUCGGGGUGCAGACGGGGUUUGGAUCGGCUGAUCGUCGGGCUGCGCUUCGGAGCACUUGGUUCCCUUCCGAUCCGGAGGCUCUAGCUCGUAUGGAGCAGUCUACUGGGUUGGCUUUUAGAUUUGUCAUUGGACGGACAAAAGAUGCCAAGAAAAUGGCAGAACUUCGGCGUGAAGAGGCAAAAUAUCAUGAUUUCUUGUUCAUUGAUGCUGAAGAAGAGUACUUGAAAUUACCACAGAAAACGCUUGCGUAUUUCAAAGCGGCAUACAGCCUCUUUGAUGCAGAGUUUUAUGUUAAAGCUGAUGAUGCUAUAUAUCUACGGCCAGAUCGACUUGCAAUUCUUCUAGCCAAGGAUCGAGCACAUCGUCGCACUUAUAUUGGUUGUAUGAAGAAAGGUCCAGUGGUCACAGAUCCGAAGAUGAAAUGGUAUGAGAGUUCAGGUCAUUUAAUUGGAAAUGAGUACUUUCUACAUGCAUAUGGCCCAAUAUAUGCAUUGUCUGCUGAGGUUGUUGGAGCUCUUGCCGCUACUAAAAAUGAUAGUCUGAGAAUGUUUAGCAACGAGGAUGUUACUAUUGGAUCCUGGAUGCUUUCUAUGAAUGUCAAUCAUGAAGAUAAUAGAGCACUAUGUGAUCCAAAAUGCACAUCUACAUCAAUUGCAGUAUGGGACAUACCAAAAUGUUCAGGUUUGUGCAACCCUGCGGAAAAGAUAAAGGAGCUACAUAAGACCGGCAUGUGCUCGAAAAGUCCUACACUCCCGCCCGACGAUGAUCGAUAGUAUAAAGUACCGAAGUUUCAAGCUUCUUGACUAAAUAUUAAAGCUCAAUGGUAUCUUCAAAGACAUACAUAUAUAUACACACACAGGCUCAUCUCAUUUUCUAUUGUCAUUCCUCCAUCCAAAUCAUGCUGUAUAUUAGACACCACAUACCUAUAAAUCAAAUACAAAUUUGCUAUA